UUGCAAAACAAACGUCACUGUGAAGAGGUAUGCUAAAUCAUAAACGCUCUACAACAAUACUUACUUAUUAGUUUAUACAUUCGCAAGCAAAUCAACAACUACUUCACAAUUAAUUAUUUAUUCUACGUUCAUAUUUUUCAUACUGUGUCCGACGUCCGUGUUAAUACAACAAAGGUAUACCGUAAUUUUACGAAGGCGAAAAAAUGAUUGAUCUCCCUAAUCAGUUGAGCAUUUUACCAAUGGCAGUUCUGGUAAUAUUUUUAUUUGCCGAUGAAAUGUGGCAACAAGUUUAUUCAGAAGAAAUACCACGUCAAUUGGUGAGAAUUAAUCAAUUUUUGACCCCCACAACGAUCGAAGUCGGCUCGGACCUAACGAUUCCUUGUUCGGUGGAAGGCUAUCCAAUACCCACUGUGAGCUGGUACAAAGACGGGCAAAUAAUACGGAACAAUAUACGGAGACAAGUAAUCGACAAUCAGUUGAUCUUUUUCCAUACCAAUGUAUCGGAUUCGGGCUCUUAUACGUGUUUUGCUUACAACUCGUUCAGUUCCGACAGCCAAACCGUAAUGGUUACAAUACAAGAUAUAGUAAGACGUGAUGAAGAUAAAAAUAUCAAUGUAAAAGUUAUUCUGUGGAUUGCUUUAGUACAGCUCAUAUUCUUAUUACUCGUAUGUUGCUUGAUCCACUUAUUGAUAAAUCAAAGAAGGAAGGAUGAGAAAUUGAAAGAGCUUAUGAACUUACACCCAAAACUGGUUCAUCCGACGAAGACAAUUUGAGAUAGAAAUUUAUGUUAUAAACAUUUUCAAGCUGUGAUAUUUAAAUAUUGUUAUUAAUUUAAUGGAAAUUGUCUUUUUUUUAUUCUGCAUGCAUAAGCUACUAUUGAUUGUAAAAAUAACUGCAAAUCGAAAAACAUAUAAACUAUUAAUUAUUUUUUCAUAGCAUCAAUUUCAUGGUUAUUAGCUGGUUUUCAUUGAAGGAGAGGGUGAGAUUGGUUUGGAACACGUGUAAUGUGCAUGUGUGGCAAGGAUUUGUCACUAAAAACUAUCACCUAUCCUGGAACUAGUGACACCCGGCCGUACUGGCACCCAGAAGACGUUUAUUGUAACUGAAGAAUAAAAUCAAGCUACAUUUAUUAUUAUUGGUUAUUAUUUUUAGAAAACAUAAUAAAUGUAACAAAAAAAAAAA